AUGUCGUUGUCAAAAGCCAUGAAAAGAAAAGUUGAUUCCGAAUGCAGGACCUACAAAGAAGAAUGGAAGCAAAGGUAUGCGUUCAUCCUGCCUGCAUUUAUUAAUGCCAAGCCGACGUGUCUCAUUUGCAACGAGGUUGUUGCCGUUUGUAAAGAAUACAAUAUUAGAAGACACCAUGAGACAAAGCAUGGCCACUUCAAAAACGCAUAUCCUCCUGGGACAGAGAUGCGAACACAGAAAAUUAAAGCCUUGGAGGCUGGAUAUGCACACAGCAGCAAGAUCCUGAUUCAGUCACUCACCGAGCAGCAAAAGGUUACAAGUGCAUCCCUUAAAGCAGCAUGGGUUCUUACCCGUCACAACAAACCAUUUACUGACACAGAGGUUUUUAAGGAAGUGAUGGUGGCUGUUUUGGAGGAGCUGGUCACUGAUAAGUCGAUGGAUGGCGUGAUUGCCUCAGUGAAACAGAUGCCGCUCUCUGUGAGGUCAGCUUCCCGACGCAUAGAAAGCAUGUCUGACGCUGUGUGGGGAUCAAUUAUGAGUGGCCUGAGUCAGGCCAAUUACUUUUCAGUUGCCAUUGAUGAGAGUACAGACAACACUGAUAUAAGCCAGAUGUGCAUCUACGUGCGGUAUUUUGAUGGGAAGGAGUUCAGGGAGGAGUUGUUGUCUCUAAUUCCAUUAGAAGGGAACACCACUGGGGAUGUUAUGUUUGCCAAAGUGGAGGAAUUGUUUAAACUACAUGCAUUGCCAUUUGAGAAAAUAAACCUCAUCGUGACAGACGGGGCACCUGCCAUGGUUGGUUGCCACAGAGGUCUGGUGGCCCGAUUGAAGGAGAUAGCACCCCAAAUGCACGCAUUGCAUUGCCUAAUUCACCAGAGUGUUCUGUGCGCCAGACUCAGUGGCGGGCUAAAGAGUGUUAUGGAUAAAGUGAUGCGAGUCAUUAAUUUUGUCCGGGGUGCAUCAAGCACUCAGCACCGUCUUUUCCGCCAACUUGUGGCUGAGUCAGAGGCCUGCUACGAGGAUCUGCUGCUUCACAAUGAUGUGCGCUGGUUAAGUAAAGGAAAAGCGCUGGAGCGCUUCUGUGCGCUACUAGAGCAAGUUAAAGCCUUCCUGCGAUUGAGCAAGAUGCGUGCUUCAGACGACCACCUGGCUUUUCUAGAAGAUGAAAUGUCCAUUUCAAACAUCGCGUUUUUAACGGACAUUUUUGGCCACCUGAACCAGCUGAACCUGCAGCUACAAGGGAGAGGGAAAACCAUUGUGGACCUGAUUGAGAAGAUGGAUUCGUUUACAAGGAAACUGGAGUUGUUCCAGUCAGAUAUAUCAAGUGGAAGGCUCUUGCACUUCGCAACAUUAAAAUCACAGGGAGGGGGGCGAGUGACAGGAAUAAUGACUGAAUUCAUCGAAAAGCUACAGGCCAACUUUCAGUCACGGUUCCAACACUACUGUGUCCCAAGGGAAAUUGUUGGUUUUGUCCGCGACCCAUUCUCCAUCCGAAGCGAGGAAUUCUCCUCACUGGCGAAAAAAACCAUCAGCUUGUUAGACUAG